CUUUGCACAAGUCCAGACACGAUGCUGGUGACCAACAACCCUGUGACUGUCUUUGUCUCUCAAGGAGAGACCAUGGUGGCAUCCAUUGAUGAUGGCAAAGAGCUGUUCGCCACAGACAUGAGUUGGAGGACUACAGACAGUGUGGGGAACUGCCAGCAGAAGAUCCCAUCCCAGAUUUUCCCCAUUUCUCUCUAUAGAGUGCUUUCAGUGUGUCAGACUUUACCCCAGAGGAGAACUCCAUCUGCAAGCUGAUGGGCACCAUGCUGCUCUUCGGCAACGUGAAAUUCAAGGAGAAACAGUGGGAGGAACAAACAGAGCCAGAUGGCACUGAAGAGGUGGACAAGUCAGCCUACCUAAUGGCUCUGAACUCAGCCAACCAUGCCACCCCUGAGUGAGAGUGGGCAACAAGUAUGUCUCCAAGGAGCAGAGUGUCCAGCAGGUGAUCUACUCCACUGGGGCUCUGGCCAAGGCCGUCUCUGAGAAGAUGUUCAACUGGAUGGUGGUUAGGAUCAACAGCUCACUGGAGACCAAACAGCCUCAUCAAUACUUCACUGGUGUCCUGGACUUUUCUCCCUUGAGAUCUUCAGUGUGAGGCCCUGGGAAGCUGCUAUGGGGCUGAGCAAUUUGGGAGAGACUGGGGACCAUGAGUUGACCAUGAGUUCUUCACUAUGAGAGUGUUCAACAGCUUUGAGCAGCUCUGCAUCAUCUCCACCAAUGAGAAGCUGCAGCAGUUCUUCAACCACCACAUGUUUGUGCUGGAGCAGGAAGAGUACAAGAAGGAGGGCAUCGAGUGGGAGUUCAUUGAUUUUGGCAUGGCCCUGCAGGCCUGCAUUGGUCUCAUCGAGAAGCAAGGUUUUCCUCUCAGCAGCCCGUGGGGAUCAUGUCCAUCCUGGAGGAGGAGUGCAUGUUCCCCAGGCUUCAGACAUGAUCUUCAAGGCCAAACUUUGGGCACUACAGAUCUGUUCCUGUUUCCUGUGUCAGAGCCAGAGACUGAAGAUGGAGGCAGCGCUGGGUGUGGCUGCCCCCUUCCUGCGUGCCCCCGAGGGGUCCCGUCCAACCCCACCAGCUGACACUCGAGGGCUCUGCUUCGUGCCCCACCCCCAGCUUGAGUUCGUCCGUGGCCGCAUCACCGCCCGGGCAGGGAAUGGGGUCACCGUCACCACGGAGAUGGGGGAGACCCUGACAGUGCCUGAGGCCGACGUGCACCCCCAAAACCCCCCAAAAUUUGACCGCAUUGAGGACAUGGCCAUGCUGACGUUCCUUCAUGAGCCCGCCGUUCUCUACAAUCUCAAGGAGCGCUAUGCUUCCUGGAUGAUAUAUACCUAUUCGGGGCUCUUUUGUGUCACCGUCAACCCAUACAAGUGGCUUCCAGUCUACAAUGCUGAGGUGGUGGCUGCCUACCGGGGCAAGAAGCGGACUGAAGUCCCACCCCAUAUCUUCUCCAUCUCAGAUAAUGCAUACCAGAACAUGCUGACAGAUCGUGAGAACCAGUCCAUCCUCAUCACUGGAGAAUCCGGAGCGGGGAAGACUGUUAACACAAAGAGGGUCAUCCAGUACUUUGCCAGCAUUGCUGCCAUUGGUGACCGCAAAAAGGAGGUAGCAAAUAGCAGCAAGGGGACCCUGGAGGAUCAAAUCAUCCAGGCCAACCCUGCCUUGGAGGCCUUCGGCAAUGCCAAGACUGUCCGCAAUGACAACUCUUCUCGAUUUGGGAAGUUCAUCCGAAUCCACUUUGGGGCUACUGGGAAGUUGGCAUCAGCCGAUAUCGAGACUUACCUCCUGGAGAAGUCCCGAGUCAUCUUCCAGCUGAAGGCUGAGCGGAACUACCACAUCUUCUACCAGAUCCUCUCCAACAAGAAGCCUGAGCUUCUGGAGAUGCUACUUAUCACCAACAACCCUUAUGACUACAGUUACGUAUCCCAAGGAGAGGUGACUGUGGCCUCCAUUGAUGACUCGGAAGAGCUGUUGGCAACCGAUAGUGCUUUCGAUGUCCUGGGCUUCACUGCUGAGGAGAAGGCUGGUGUUUACAAGCUGACGGGUGCCAUCAUGCACUUCGGCAAUAUGAAGUUCAAGCAGAAGCAACGGGAGGAGCAGGCGGAGCCAGAUGGCACCGAAGAUGCCGACAAGUCGGCUUACCUGAUGGGGCUAAACUCAGCCGACCUCCUCAAGGGGCUGUGCCAUCCCCGGGUGAAGGUGGGCAAUGAAUAUGUCACCAAGGGACAGAGCGUCCAGCAAGUCUACUACUCUAUUGGGGCUCUGGCCAAGGCCGUCUAUGAGAAAAUGUUCAACUGGAUGGUGGUCAGGAUCAACAACUCACUGGAGACCAAACAGCCUCGUCAAUACUUCAUUGGUGUCCUGGAUAUUGCUGGCUUCGAGAUCUUCGAUUUCAACAGCUUUGAGCAGCUCUGUAUUAACUUCACCAAUGAGAAGCUGCAGCAGUUCUUCAACCACCACAUGUUUGUGCUGGAGCAGGAAGAGUACAAGAAGGAGGGCAUCGAGUGGGAGUUCAUUGAUUUUGGCAUGGACCUCCAGGCCUGCAUUGAUCUAAUUGAGAAGCCCAUGGGGAUCAUGUCCAUCCUGGAGGAGGAGUGCAUGUUCCCCAAAGCUUCAGACAUGACCUUCAAGGCCAAACUCUUUGACAACCACUUGGGCAAAUCGGCCAAUUUUGGGAAACCCAGGAAUGUCAAAGGGAAGGCGGAAGCCCACUUCUCACUCAUCCACUACGCGGGCACAGUGGACUACAAUAUCAUCGGUUGGUUGGAGAAGAACAAGGAUCCCCUCAAUGAGACAGUGGUGGGGCUCUACCAGAAGUCAUCCCUCAAGCUGCUGGCCAGUCUCUUCUCCAACUAUGCUGGGGCAGAUGCUGGUGGUGACAGUGGAAAGGGGAAAGGAGCCAAGAAGAAAGGUUCCUCCUUCCAGACUGUCUCAGCCCUGCACCGGGAGAACCUCAACAAGCUGAUGGCCAACCUCAAGACAACCCAUCCCCACUUUGUCCGCUGCCUCAUCCCUAAUGAGAGGAAGGAGCCAGGUGUGAUGGACAACCCACUGGUGAUGCAUCAGCUCCGCUGCAAUGGGGUGCUAGAGGGCAUCCGCAUCUGCCGCAAGGGUUUCCCCAACCGCAUCCUCUAUGGGGACUUCCGCCAACGGUACCGUAUCCUGAACCCCACAGCCAUCCCUGAGGGGCAAUUCAUUGACAGCCGCAAGGGCGCUGAGAAGCUCCUGGGAUCCCUUGACAUUGACCAUAACCAGUACAAAUUUGGGCACACCAAGGUCUUCUUCAAGGCUGGGCUGCUGGGGCUGUUGGAGGAGAUGCGGGAUGAGCGCCUCUCCCUCAUCAUCACCCGCAUCCAAGCUCAAGCCCGGGGCCAGCUCAUGCGCAUUGAGUUCAAGAAGAUUCUGGAGCGCCGGGAUGCACUCUUGGUAAUCCAGUGGAACAUCCGGGCCUUCAUGGGGGUGAAGAACUGGCCAUGGAUGAAGCUCUACUUCAAGAUCAAGCCCCUGCUGAAGAGCGCUGAGACUGAGAAGGAGAUGCAGACAAUGAAGGAGGAAUUUGGGCAUCUGAAGGAAGCCUUGGAGAAGUCAGAGGCACGUCGGAAGGAACUGGAGGAGAAGAUGGUUUCCAUGCUGCAGGAGAAGAAUGACCUCCAGUUGCAAGUGCAGGCCGAACAAGACAAUCUCGCUGAUGCUGAGGAGCGCUGUGAUCAGCUGAUCAAGAACAAGAUCCAGCUGGAGGCCAAAGUGAAGGAGAUGACAGAGAGGCUAGAGGAAGAAGAAGAGAUGAACGCCGAGCUGACAGCCAAGAAGAGGAAGCUUGAGGAUGAGUGUUCAGAGCUUAAGAAGGACAUUGAUGACCUGGAGCUGUCUUUGGCCAAGGUGGAGAAGGAGAAACAUGCCACAGAGAACAAGGUCAAGAACCUUACAGAGGAGAUGGCCGGGCUGGAUGAGAACAUCACCAAGCUGACCAAAGAGAAGAAGACCCUGCAGGAGUCUCACCAGCAAACCCUGGAUGACCUGCAGGCUGAGGAAGACAAGGUCAACACUUUGGCGAAGGCCAAAGUGAAGCUGGAACAGCAAGUGGAUGAUCUGGAGAGCUCACUGGAACAGGAGAAGAAGAUACGGAUGGACCUGGAGCGAGCCAAGAGGAAGCUGGAAGGUGACUUGAAGCUAGCUCAGGAGAGUGUUAUGGACCUGGAGAAUGACAAGCAGCAGCUGGAGGAGAGACUGAAAAAGAAAGACUUUGAACUCAACACACUCAACACUCGAAUUGAGGAUGAGCAAGCAAUUGCUGCUCAGCUCCAGAAGAAGCUGAAAGAGCUUCAGGCACGGAUUGAGGAGCUGGAGGAGGAACUAGAGGCGGAGCGGACGGGCCGGGCUAAGGUGGAGAAGCUGCGCUCAGAGCUGCUGCAGGAACUGGAGGAGACCAGUGAGCGGCUGGAGGAGGCAGGCGGUGCCACUUCGGUGCAGCUUGAGCUUAACAAGAAGCGGGAAGCUGAAUUCCAGAAGCUACGGAGGGACCUGGAGGAGGCCACAUUGCAGCACGAGGCCACGGCUGCCGCACUGCGCAAGAAGCACGCCGACAGUGUGGCUGAGCUGAGUGAGCAGCUCGACAACCUGCAGCGUGUCAAGCAGAAACUGGAGAAGGAGAAGAGUGAGCUCAAGCUGGAGCUGGAUGAUGUCAGCUCCAACACGGAGCAGCUCAUCAAGGCCAAGGCCACCCUGGAGAAGAUGUGCCGCACCAUGGAGGACCAGAUGAAUGAGCACCGCAGCAAGUUGGAGGAGGCUCAGCGCACUGUCACUGACCUCAGCACCCAGCGAGCCAAGCUCCAGACAGAGAAUAGCGAGCUCUCAAGGCAGCUGGAGGAGAAGGAAGCUUUCAUCAACCAGCUGACACGAGGGAAACUCACCUACACUCAGCAGCUGGAGGACCUCAAGAGGCAGCUGGAGGAGGAAGCCAAGGCCAAGAACGCGUUGGCCCACGCCCUCCAAUCAGCCCAGCAUGACUGUGACCUGCUGCGAGAGCAGUACGAGGAGGAGAUGGAGGCCAAGGCGGAGCUCCAGCGUGCUCUCUCCAAGGCCAACUCUGAGGUGGCCCAAUGGAGGACCAAGUACGAGACUGACGCCAUCCAACGCACAGAGGAGCUGGAGGAGGCCAAGAAGAAGCUGGCACAACGACUUCAGGAAGCUGAGGAGGCUGUGGAGGCGGUCAAUGCCAAGUGCUCCUCCUUGGAAAAGACCAAGCACCGGCUGCAAAAUGAGAUUGAGGACUUGAUGGCGGAUGUAGAGAGGUCAAAUGCAGCAGCUGCUGCUCUGGACAAGAAGCAGAGGAACUUUGACAAGAUCUUGUUGGAAUGGAAGCAGAAGUUUGAGGAGUCGCAAACAGAGCUGGAGGCAUCACAGAAGGAGGCUAGGUCCCUCAGCACUGAGCUCUUCAAGCUGAGGAAUGCCUACGAGGAAUCACUGGAGCACCUGGAGACCUUCAAGAGGGAGAAUAAGAACCUCCAAGAGGAGAUCUCGGACCUCACAGAGCAGCUGGGAGCCAGCCAAAAAUCCAUCCAUGAGCUGGAGAAAGUCCGGAAGCAACUGGAUGCCGAGAAGCUGGAGCUGCAAGCAGCACUGGAGGAGGCAGAGGCAUCUCUCGAGCAUGAGGAAGGGAAAAUCCUGAGGGCCCAGCUAGAGUUUAAUCAAGUGAAGGCUGACUAUGAACGCAAGCUUGCUGAGAAGGAUGAGGAGACGGAGCAAGCCAAACGCAACCACCUGCGGGUGGUGGACUCACUGCAGACCUCACUGGAUGCAGAGACACGAAGCCGAAAUGAAGCCCUGAGGCUGAAGAAGAAGAUGGAGGGUGACCUCAAUGAGAUGGAGAUCCAGCUGAGUCAUGCCAACCGUACGGCAACUGAGGCCCAGAAGCAAGUCAAGGCACUGCAGGGCUAUCUCAAGGACACCCAAUUACAGCUGGAUGAUGCUGUACGAGCUAAUGAGGACCUGAAAGAGAAUAUUGCCAUUGUGGAGCGGAGGAACAACCUCCUCCAGUCGGAGCUGGAGGAGCUGCGGGCUAUGGUGGAGCAGAGCGAGAGGGCUCGCAAAUUGGCUGAGCAGGAACUGAUUGAGGCCAGUGAGCGGGUCCAGCUUCUCCACUCCCAGAACACCAGCCUCAUCAACCAGAAGAAGAAGAUGGAGGCCGACAUCUCCCAGCUGCAGACAGAGGUGGAAGAAGCCAUCCAGGAGUGCCGGAAUGCCGAGGAAAAAGCCAAGAAAGCCAUCACUGAUGCGGCCAUGAUGGCGGAGGAGCUGAAGAAGGAGCAGGACACAAGUGCCCACUUGGAGAGGAUGAAGAAGAACAUGGAGCAGACUGUCAAGGACCUCCAGCUGAGGCUGGACGAGGCUGAGCAGCUGGCCCUCAAGGGAGGCAAGAAGCAGCUGCAGAAGUUGGAGGUUCGGGUGCGGGAGCUGGAGAAUGAGCUGGAGGCCGAGCAGAAGCGCAACGCUGAGAGCAUCAAGGGACUCCGCAAGUCAGAGAGGCGUGUCAAGGAGCUCAGCUACCAGACAGAGGAGGACCGGAAGAACAUGGUGAGGCUGCAGGAUCUGGUGGACAAGCUGCAGCUGAAGGUGAAGGCCUAUAAGAGGCAGGCAGAGGAGGCGGAAGAGCAGGCCAACUCCAACCUGGCCAAGUUCCGCAAGGUGCAGCACGAGCUGGAUGAGGCAGAGGAACGUGCCGACAUGGCUGAGUCCCAGGUUAACAAGCUGCGGGCACGGAGCCGUGACAUUGGUGCCAAGAAGGGACUCAAUGAGGAAUGAAAGCCCCAGAUGCUCUGCCUUCCGGCCCCAACCUCUGACCAAUUCCCUUUGGAUCUCCCAACUCUCCUGCUUUCAGCCAAUAAAAAUUGUUGAGCAGCAGCAGCUGCAUGUGUGGGGCAGGGCUUGGUGUGGGAUAGGGCUUAGUGUGGGUAGCGCAAUGGGGUUGGUGUGGGAGCCAUGGAGAUGGAGAGUGGCCAUGAGUGUGAGAUGGCCACUCAGGCUAUCCCACAAUGCCGUGCAUUUUGUCUCAUGGUGAGUGAACCUCAACGCAACUGGCUGUGGGGCACUAUGGGUUGCUACAGCACAGUAUGUUCCCCUAUGCACUUCUAUGGGUCCCUGCAGGUCCCUGUGUGACAGUGUGUCAUUAUCGCUCCCAUAUGGGUCUCUAUUUGUUCCCUUUGGCUCCCUGUGGUUCUUAUAUGGCUCUAUUGGGUUCUAUGACUCUGUGUGAUGUUCUUGUGGUUCUCUAUGGGUGCUGUGGGUUCUGCCUCUGACAGACUGUGGGAACGGACCACCCCCGUGGCCCCACCCCAGGAAUUUGUCACUUGCCAAGGACAAAGAAGAGACAAAGAGGCAGAGGUGGGGCCAGGUGAUAAGGAGGUCAGAAAUAGCCCCAUCCUUCUCCUCCUGUCUGCAGCGGGAAGUGGUGGCUAUGGUGUGUACUGUAGAGCCCCAUAGGGAUCCACAGAACCCAUUGCUUAUAGGCAAAGCAGAAGCUUAUGGGGCAUAGCUUACAGGGCAAAGCUGUGGGGGUUAUGGGACAGAGCUUAUAGGGCAGAGGUGGCUCUAUUGGAUACAAUGGGUGCUGUCGGGAGAACUGGGAAACAUAGGGCAGAGUGUAGCAUCUAUGUGACACAAUUUCAUGUAGGUUUCUCCAAAAGUAAUGCUUCCUGGGUAUUUUCAUGGAAACGACACCAGAUACAAAGAGCACAAUAACACUAUUUAAUAAAGCAACAUCGUCACCACCAUUA